UCCCCCCCGCCGCCUCCUCCUCCUGCCGCUGCCGCUGCUUUGGCUGCUGCGUCAUACGCCCCAGAGCCGCCGGGACGGAGGGGCUGGGCCUGGGGACCCCCCGGCCUCCGCCUGCACACCCCCCCACGCCCGGACGUGCCCUCUCCGCGCGGGGGACUCGCCUAGGUCUCCUACGUCUGCCCCUGCCCGGCUCCCGGCGGCCCCAGCUGUCACCGGCCCCCCCAGGAUGCAAUGGCGCAGCCCCCCCGGCUGAGCCGCUCUGGUACCUCCUCACUUUGGGACCCAGCUUCUCCUGCUCCCACCUCUGGCCCCAGGCCUCGACUUUGGGAGGGUCAAGAUGUGCUGGCCAGAUGGACUGAUGGGCUGCUAUACUUGGGUACCAUCAAAAAGGUGGACAGUGCUAGAGAGGUGUGUCUGGUCCAGUUUGAGGAUGAUUCGCAGUUUCUGGUUCUAUGGAAAGACAUUAGCCCUGCUGCCCUCCCAGGGGAGGAACUCCUCUGUUGUGUCUGUCGCUCUGAGACUGUGGUCCCUGGGAACCGGCUGGUCAGCUGUGAGAAGUGUCGCCAUGCUUAUCACCAGGACUGCCAUGUUCCCAGGGCUCCAGCCCCUGGAGAGGGAGAGGGCACAUCCUGGGUAUGCCGCCAGUGUGUCUUUGCGAUCGCCACCAAGAGGGGAGGUGCCCUGAAGAAGGGCCCCUAUGCCCGGGCCAUGCUGGGUAUGAAGCUCUCUCUGCCGUAUGGACUGAAGGGGCUGGACUGGGAUGCUGGACAUCUGAGCAACCGACAACAGAGUUACUGUUACUGUGGUGGCCCUGGGGAGUGGAACCUGAAAAUGCUGCAGUGCCGGAGCUGCCUGCAGUGGUUCCAUGAGGCCUGCACCCAGUGUCUGAGCAAGCCCCUCCUCUAUGGGGACAGGUUCUAUGAAUUUGAAUGCUGUGUGUGUCGUGGAGGCCCUGAGAAAGUCCGGAGACUACAGCUUCGCUGGGUGGAUGUGGCCCAUCUUGUCCUGUAUCACCUCAGCGUUUGCUGUAAGAAGAAAUACUUUGAUUUUGAUCGUGAGAUCCUCCCCUUCACUUCUGAGAAUUGGGACAGUUUGCUUCUGGGGGAGCUUUCAGACACCCCCAAAGGAGAACGUUCUUCCAAGCUCCUCUCUGCUCUCAACAGCCACAAGGACCGUUUCAUUUCAGGGAGAGAGAUUAAGAAGAGGAAAUGUUUGUUUGGUCUCCAUGCUCGGAUGCCUCCCCCUGUGGAGCCCCCUACUGGAGAUGGAGCACUCACCAGCUUCCCUUCAGGGCAGGGCCCUGGGGGAGGGGUCUCACGUCCCCUGGGGAAGCGCCGGAGGCCGGAGCCAGAGCCCCUGAGGAGGAGGCAGAAGGGGAAAGUGGAGGAGCUGGGGCCACCCUCAGCAGUGCGCAAUCAGCCCGAGCCCCGGGAGCAGAGGGAGCGGGCUCAUCUGCAGAGGGCACUGCAGGCCUCAGUGUCUCCACCAUCCCCCAGCCCUAACCAGAGUUACCAGGGCAGCAGCGGCUACAACUUCCGGCCCACAGAUGCCCGCUGCCUGCCCAGCAGCCCCAUCCGGAUGUUUGCUUCCUUCCACCCUUCUGCCAGCACCGCAGGGACCUCUGGGGACGGUGAACCCCCAGACAGGUCACCCCUGGAACUUCACAUUGGUUUCCCCACAGACAUCCCUAAAAAUGCCCCCCACUCGAUGACUGCCUCAUCUUCCUCAGUCUCAUCCCCAUCCCCAGGUCUUCCUAGACGCUCAGCACCCCCUUCUCCCCUGUGCCGUAGUUUGUCUCCUGGGACUGGGGGAGGAGUCCGAGGUGGGGUUGGCUACCUGUCCCGAGGGGACCCUGUCCGGGUCCUUGCUCGGAGAGUACGGCCUGAUGGCUCUGUGCAGUACCUGGUUGAGUGGGGAGGAGGGGGCAUCUUCUGAACAGCUUGCCUCUGCCCACCUCCCCAUUCACACACACCGGCACUUUCAUACCCUGACCUCUGACCUCACCUACAGCUGGGAUGUACCUGGAGAGAUAGGGGGUAGUUCUCCCUACUGCCCAGGCUGGAAUCCAAGAGUGGGGGGUGGGGAAGAGGCUCUCUUCUCUACCCUCCUUCAUGAUUCCUGACCCCUCCAUCCUUCCCAUUUCCUUUGAUGUUAUUUUGUUACAGCUUUUUAAAUAUUUUUUAAAAUUAUUUAACCCCUGGGGGCAGAGACUGAGGAGGGAGGAUGAUAAGGGAUCCCGGACUCUGUAUGAUUGAAAUAAAGAAAAAUAAA